AUGAGCUUUCUGAAUUUGCAGAGUGUUCUUGCAUCUCAGACCAUCCAAAAACGCACACCACAAAAAGGAAAAAGACUCCUGGAAUGGAAACCAACGUCGUCACCCAGUUCUCACUCGUCAAAUGCCGUCUGGGAAGGAGUUGGAAGUUCUGAUCUCACGAUAAGCAAUACUUCUGAUAAAGGCGACCAUGGUCUUGGUAAAUUUCAGCAUCUGGAUGGAGAGAUGGUCAUGGUAGAUAGUCAAGUUUACCAGUUCCGAUCAAACGGAUCAGUAUCUCAGAAAGGAGACGAGGAUAUCAUCGCGUUCUCCCAAGCUGUGUUCUUCAAACCAAAUUCCCAUCUGCAAUUCGACUCCCUGAAUCGGCGAGUCGUUCUUGACUAUCUUGACACCAGCCACCCAGGCAGUCACAAUCUAUUUCGUGCUGUAAAGAUCGAAGGGAUGUUCCUGAAUAUCAAACUUCAUGUUGCACCGAAACAGCAGCACUAA